CUGAACUGGAAAUGGUCACUGAAUGCAGCCUGCAGUUGCCGGGGUUUUGAGUUCUCUCUGACACCAGCAAACCAGCAGAUGGAGAAAACUGGUGAGGGGCGUUUAGGGGAACUGAACAGAGGAGCCCAGGAUCAUCUUGAUGAAUUGCCCACAUUAGUGUACCCCUGGGAGCCCUGGACAGAGUGCAGAGGGCAAGGACAGGCUUACUGACAGCAGGAACUGUAGAGCUGAGAUGGGGAACGCAGCUCUCUGCUCAUCUUGCCAUGCGGAUAAGAGCAUAAGAGCACAAGGAAACAUGCAGGAAUUGGAUAAAGCCCCAGACUACUAUGGCUGUAACGGUGAAGACGUCAAAGAACCUGGGGUGCGGUCUGACAGCAAUGCAAGCUUCCUCCGUGCUGCCAGAGCAGGCAACCUGGACAAAGUGGUGGAAUAUCUGAAGGGGGGCAUAGACAUCAAUACCUGCAAUCAGAAUGGACUCAACGCUCUCCAUCUGGCUGCCAAGGAAGGCCAUGUGGGGCUGGUUCAGGAGUUGCUGGGAAGAGGAUCCUCUGUGGAUUCUGCCACCAAGAAGGGAAAUACUGCUCUUCACAUCGCAUCUUUGGCUGGACAAGCAGAAGUUGUCAAGGUUCUUGUUAAGGAAGGAGCCAAUAUUAAUGCACAGUCUCAGAAUGGCUUUACUCCUUUAUACAUGGCUGCCCAAGAAAACCACACUGAUGUUGUAAAAUAUUUGCUUGAAAAUGGAGCUAAUCAGAGCACUGCUACAGAGGAUGGCUUUACCCCUCUAGCUGUAGCACUCCAGCAAGGACACAACCAGGCUGUGGCGAUCCUCUUGGAGAACGACACCAAAGGGAAAGUGAGGCUGCCGGCCCUGCAUAUUGCAGCUAGGAAAGAUGACACCAAAUCUGCUGCACUCUUGCUCCAGAACGAUCACAAUGCUGACGUACAAUCUAAGAUGAUGGUGAAUAGAACAACUGAGAGUGGUUUUACCCCUUUGCACAUAGCCGCACACUAUGGAAAUGUCAAUGUGGCAACGCUUCUUCUGAAUCGGGGAGCUGCUGUAGACUUCACAGCCAGGAAUGGAAUCACUCCUCUGCAUGUGGCUUCCAAAAGGGGAAACACAAACAUGGUGAAGCUCUUACUGGAUCGAGGUGGUCAGAUCGAUGCCAAAACUAGGGAUGGGUUGACACCGCUUCACUGUGCUGCACGAAGUGGGCAUGACCAAGUGGUGGAACUUCUGUUGGAAAGGGGUGCUCCUUUGCUGGCAAGGACUAAGAACGGGCUGUCUCCACUUCACAUGGCUGCACAGGGGGACCAUGUGGAAUGUGUGAAGCACCUGUUACAGCACAAGGCACCUGUUGAUGAUGUCACCCUGGACUACCUGACGGCCCUCCACGUUGCUGCACACUGUGGCCACUACCGCGUAACCAAACUCCUUUUGGACAAGAGAGCCAAUCCGAACGCCAGAGCCCUGAAUGGUUUUACUCCACUGCACAUUGCCUGCAAGAAAAACCGCAUCAAAGUCAUGGAACUGCUGGUGAAAUAUGGGGCUUCAAUCCAAGCUAUAACAGAGUCUGGCCUCACACCAAUACAUGUGGCUGCCUUCAUGGGCCACUUGAACAUUGUCCUCCUUCUGCUGCAGAACGGAGCCUCUCCAGAUGUCACUAACAUUCGUGGGGAGACGGCGCUGCACAUGGCAGCCCGAGCGGGGCAGGUGGAAGUGGUCCGAUGCCUCCUGAGAAACGGUGCCCUUGUCGAUGCUAGAGCCAGGGAGGAACAGACACCUUUGCAUAUUGCCUCCCGCCUGGGUAAGACAGAAAUAGUCCAGUUACUUCUACAACAUAUGGCUCACCCAGAUGCAGCCACUACAAAUGGGUAUACACCACUGCACAUCUCUGCCCGGGAAGGCCAGGUUGAUGUGGCUUCAGUUCUCUUGGAAGCAGGCGCAGCCCACUCCUUGGCUACCAAGAAGGGUUUUACUCCCCUGCAUGUAGCAGCAAAGUAUGGAAGCCUGGAUGUGGCAAAACUUCUCUUGCAACGCCGCGCUGCCGCAGAUUCAGCAGGGAAGAAUGGCCUUACCCCGCUCCAUGUUGCUGCUCAUUAUGACAACCAGAAGGUGGCGCUGCUGUUACUGGAGAAGGGUGCUUCCCCUCAUGCCACUGCCAAGAAUGGCUAUACUCCUUUACAUAUUGCUGCCAAGAAGAAUCAGAUGCAGAUAGCUUCCACACUCCUGAACUAUGGAGCAGAGACGAACAUUGUGACAAAGCAAGGAGUAACCCCACUCCAUUUGGCCUCACAGGAGGGGCACACAGAUAUGGUCACCCUGCUUCUGGAAAAGGGGGCCAAUAUCCACAUGUCAACCAAGAGUGGACUCACAUCCUUACACCUCGCAGCCCAGGAAGAUAAAGUGAAUGUGGCUGAUAUUCUCACCAAGCAUGGGGCUGACCAGGAUGCUCAUACGAAGCUUGGUUACACUCCUUUAAUUGUGGCCUGUCACUAUGGAAAUGUGAAAAUGGUCAACUUUCUUCUGAAGCAGGGAGCAAACGUUAAUGCAAAAACCAAGAAUGGUUACACGCCUUUGCACCAGGCUGCACAGCAGGGCCACACGCACAUCAUCAACGUCCUGCUCCAGCACGGGGCCAAGCCCAAUGCCACCACUGCGAAUGGCAACACUGCCCUGGCAAUUGCUAAGCGUCUGGGCUACAUCUCCGUGGUCGACACCCUGAAGGUUGUGACUGAGGAAGUCACCACCACCACCACG